CUCCGAGACCCGGGGACCGGAGCCGAGACGUACCCUGGCACAGAGAGCCUCGGUUGUGGCAAGGGUGGCAACGGGAGCGAGCGUGGCGUGGCGUGGCAGGCUGAGCCAGAGCGAACCCGUGGACCCUCUCGGCAUGCAGGUCCCGGCGCCCCACCCCCCCGCCUCCAACCACGUGAGCUGGAGAGCGCGCAGCUGAGCCUCUCCGCGCACGCUGCCUCAUCCGGCUCGCUGGCAGCCGACGGAGCGCCGCAGCAGCAGCAGCAGCGCUCCUCCCCCCCCCUUCCUCCUCCUCCUCACCGACCAUGGAGACGCACAUUUCCUGUCUCUUCCCCGAGCUUCUGACCAUCAUCUUCAGCUGCCUCGAGGUGCGAGACAAAGGGCGGGCGGCGCAGGUGUGCCGCGCCUGGAGGGACGCGGCGUACCACAAGUCGGUGUGGCGCGGAGUCGAGGCCAAGCUGCACCUCCGCCGCUCCAACCCGUCGCUCUUCCCCAGCCUCCAGGCGCGCGGCAUCCGGAAGCUGCAGAUCCUCAGCCUGCGCCGGAGCCUCAGCUCCGUCAUCCAGGGUCUGCCCGGGCUCGAGAGCCUCAACCUGAGCGGCUGCUACAACCUCACGGACCUGGGUCUGGCGCACGCGCUCGUGCAGCCCCUGCCCAACCUCACGGCGCUCAACCUCAGCCUGUGCAAGCAGAUCACGGACAGCAGCCUCGGGCGCAUCGCCCAGCACCUCAAGAGCCUGCGCACGCUCGAGCUGGGCGGCUGCGGCAACGUGAGCAACACGGGGCUGCUGCUGCUCGCCUGGGGGCUGCCCGGCCUGCGUAGCCUCAACCUGCGCAGCUGCCGCAACGUCUCGGACACGGGCAUCGGACACCUCGCCGGACUGACGCGGAACGCGGCGCAGGGCUGCCCCAGUCUGGACCAUCUCACCCUGCAGGACUGCCAGCGGCUGACUGACGCGGCGCUCAAGUACAUCUCCAAGGGAUUCCCCGCCCUGCAGACGCUGAACCUCAGCUUCUGUGGCGGCGUGACGGACGCGGGCAUGGUGCACCUGUCGCACAUGAGCGGCCUGCGCACCCUCAACCUGCGCUCGUGCGACAGCAUCAGCGACGCCGGCGUCAUGCACCUGUCGACGGGCACGCCGCGGCUCACGACGCUCGACCUGUCCUUCUGCGACAAGGUGGGCGACGCGAGCCUGGCGCACAUCGCGCAGGGCCUCGCGCAGCUCGCGUGGCUGUCGCUGUGCGCGUGCCGCGUGUCCGACGCCGGCGUGGAGAGGCUGGCGCGGCCGAUGCGCCGCCUGCGCACGCUCAGCAUCGGGCAGUGCCCCGGCAUCACGGACCGCGGCCUCGAGCUCAUCGGGCGCCACCUCACCCAACUCACGGGCAUCGAUCUGUACGGCUGCACCAAGAUCACCACGCGAGGCCUGGAGCGCAUCACGCAGCUGCCCUGCCUCAAGGUCCUCAACCUGGGCCUCUGGCAGAUGACCGAGUGAAGCGGGCGGGCGAGCGAGCGCUGCGGCUGCGCGGAGUGGGCGGGGAAUGUUCGCGGCGGAUGGACGGAGCGAGAGACCGGUGACGAACGCUGUCGUGCUUUUGAAAUGAAGGGAAGUUUGUUUCCUCCCCGACAACUCCCCACGCCGACAUCGCCAGCCGCAGUCGCGUAAAUUGUACAUCUGACGGAGCGGACGAGCGUUGGUGUGAUCCCGACAGUCCCGACUGAGCGCUGCCCCGCCGUGGCCACGCCGGGUCUCAGAACACCCUGGCACGGCACUACGCUGCGCCAACGUAGACAAAAUGGAUUGCCGUCGAGAUGGUCCUUUGAUGGACGCGUCCAGGAGUCGUGGCGCUUGGUGCAGCCUCGGGGGUUAGAGCCAAACGUAGGUCCCACACCACCGGUCUCACAAUUUUGUUUAAAAUAUACAAGUUAAUGCCCAACCGACGAGAGGGAUAUCUUCUCGCCCAAGUAAAAAAUAACUUUUCCGCACCAAAACCUCCUUGGGAAAUUCCCGCGUUAUUUUUUUUACGUAACAUUUUUUUCCGAAAUGCAAAACUUCUUACUUGCUGGAAAAGUAGACAUUCAGCAUCUUGCCAAGCAUUGAAACUUUCAUGGGCAGCGUUGCAUGAAAGUGUCUUACAAACCCACGCGGGUAGCUUUUCCAGCAACCCCCGCCCCCGCCUACCGCCCCCCCUCCAUCAGAUCCACGACAACCUCCGUCCCCUGCUCCCUCUCCGUGCCCUCUCCCAGCCAACUUCGCCGAAGAUCCACGAGGACUGUCCCCCCGCCCCCCCCCCCCAUCGUCUCUCGAAGCGACACUGAGCCACUGGAACUUCUAUCUACCUCAGAGAUCACGCUAACGCACAGACGUGCGCACGUCAAUUAUAUAAAAGACGCCCGCACAAGGGGACGAGCGGGGGUGCGCAAACGCGUCCGGCUUUCACCGCUUUAACGAGGCAGCGGAUGGGAGAUGAAAAGACAACAAUAAGCAUCUGGCUCUGGGAAGAUGUGUAAAAUCAAGGUAAUAUUUUCACUGCUUUGCUUUUUUGAGUGUGCGGUAUUGACGAGUUAAUUAUAAGUCCUUAACGUCAAUGGUUUAAUUAGUGCCGUGGUUGAUUUGAAGCCGUUGUUACCGGUUGCGAUUGUGCAUGCGUUGAUCCGAGUUCUUUUUGUGACACCGAUUCACGAUAAGCAGAAGCGUAUUUUUAUUCCCACCUGCCGUUACGUUCACAGUUAAAUAUAAUUUUUUGUUGUUUUACUUUUAUGUUCAGUGGUACCGUUUUUUUUUUAACCAACCUGUCAGCACCUGCUUAGGACGUACUGUAAAUAUAUAAUGCAUUAUAUCACCAAAAUGCUGUCGGGAAAACAAAAGUAAAAACGAGCUGUAUAAAUUACAUUUCUGAUCAAAUGUUUGGCGUGGAUUUUUUUUCUCUCGUUGAAAAUUUUUUUUGGUGCUUAAAUCGGGGUGAAAUAGUCACCAAGGAGACGGUGACACAGGCUUUAAGAAGACUAUCGCAUGUAAACACCGACACUGCUUGUUUUACUUACGUUAUCAAUGCAAUAACCCUCGACUCAAAUACUUGUGAUUAGUGUCUUAGAGAUGAUGGC